UCAUCGCUUCACAUGGAUUUACUGAGCUUGUGAGCAUUUACAUACUCUGCACCCGCUGUGAAUCGUGGAUUAUGUGCACAGUUAUGGACAGUUAUUGCUGAAUUUGUUUGUUGUUGUGUGAGGAGGUCAGCAUGGAUUCAGUAACCCUGGUUUUUAUGUGCAUCACCUGCCUUGGUUUGAUGAGAAGCACAGCAGAACCCUCAUUUUCAGACAAUAUCCAGUCUGACAAUAGCUUAUCAGAACUGUGUGAGAUUGAUAAGGUCCUGUGUCAUGAUGAAAAUGCAGUGUUGAGUUUUGAAGCCAUUCGGAGCCUUCACAAAGACAUGGACGAUGAUGCAGAUGGAAGUGUGGAUGUAACUGAGACUGAUGAGUUCCUUCGAGAGGAUCUAAAGUAUCAUGAUUCCAAGGCAAAACACAAGAGUUUUCAUAAAGCUGAUCUGCUGAUCACUGUGGAGGAUAUGUGGAACACCUGGAAGGCUUCUGAAGUGUAUAACUGGACAGUGGAGGAGGUGCUGGAGUGGCUUAUUCACUAUGUGGAGCUUCCACAGUAUGUUGAGUCCUUCAGGAAGAAUGAGAUUAACGGCAAAGCCUUGCCCAGACUGGCAGUAAAGAAUGCCACCCUGACCCUGUCUCUGCUGAAGAUUCUGGAUCGCAGUCAUACUCAGAAACUGCAGCUUAAAGCGCUGGACACUGUGCUGUUCGGCCCUCCAUCAGUGAGCAGACAUAGCCACUUCAAGGACUUUGUACUGGUGGUGUCUAUUGUAAUCGGUGUAGCCGGCUGCUGGUUUGCCUACAUCCAGAACCGAAAUUCAAAGGAUCACGUAGGCAGGAUGAUUAAGGACCUGGAGGGGCUCCAGAGAGCAGAGCAGAGUCUUCUCGACAUGCAGCAGAAGCUGCAGGUAGCCCAGGAUGAGCACCGCUCAGUGGAGGUGGAGAAGGUAAAUCUGGAACAGAAGUUGAGAGAUGAGAUAAAUACAGCGAAGCAAGAGGCUCAGAGACUGCGAGAGUUGCGCGAAGGCACAGAGAACGAACUGAGCCGCCAGACAUACGCUGAAGAAGAACUAGAGCAGGUGCGUACAGCCCUGAAGAAAGCAGAAAGUGAGCUGGAAUCGAGAAGGUGCUGGACUCCUCCUGAACCUCUACAGAAGUGGCUGCAGCUCACACAUGAGGUGGAGGUUCAGUACUACAACAUAAAGAAACAGAGUGCUGAGAAACAGCUACUUAUGGCUAAAGAAGGGGCUGAGAAGAUCAAGCGGAAAAAGGGAACAUUGUUUGGUACCUUCCACGUGGCACACAGUUCAUCACUGGACGACGUUGAUCACCAAAUCUUGUCAGCUAAACAGGCUUUAGGUGAGGUGACUGCAGCUCUAAGAGAGAAGCUGCAUCGCUGGCAGCAGAUCGAGUCUCUUACAGGCUUGAAUGUCGUGAACAACCCUGGCAUGGCGUGGUUGGCCUCCGCGCUCAAUCUGGACCCUGUCUGCCUAGGCAUCCGUCCUCCCCCUUCACAGCACCUGCUGCUCUCUGACGAUCUGGAUGACAUGGACGAGGACAUACUGUCCCCUGGAACCCUGCGCUAUGCCGCUUGGCAGAUGGACCGGCGGGUGAGCGACCUUUGGCCCGUGGCCUCUGAGAGCCAUUCCCUGUGGAAGAAUUCUGCUUCAAAUAUGGCGUUGGUGCGUCCACGGCUUGCUGACCCAUCGCUGAGCUACGGCUCCCAGAGGGAUCUGAACCACUCGGACUCGGACUCGUCUCUUUCUCUGGGUCAGUACAGCGAGAGUCAGCGAGGCUCUUCUACAGCGCUGAGCAGCAGGUCUGCUCUGUACAGGUCUAAUGGUGGAGGAGGCUCGACUGACAGUCCCCUGUUCCAAAAUAAAGUCUGCAGCAUGGAGAAGUGUGCCAGUCUGGGAGAGAUCCACAGUCAGUCCAGUGGCCUGAGCUCGGCCGCCUCCACACACUCCCUCAGUGCUGAAAUUGACGGCCCAUUCCCAGCAGGUAAAAAGAACAGCGGAGGCAAGAAGAACCCGGGAGACGAGGACAGUGGGUCCACAGGGGAGGACGCGGACGUCCCAAGCUCCAGUCGCAAAAAGCACACCUUCCAUAGACUCUUUAACAAGCACAAGCAAAAGAAACAGCAGUGACAUGUCGAACUCAGAAAAGUUUCAUCUAAUGCAAAGCCCCAUUAGCACCAAAAAAAUGUUUGGUUUCAAAGUUGGAAGGGAGAAAUUAGAGAAACGUCUUCCAUUCUGAUGCAAAAAGCAGUUUAGCUGCAGGUAUGAUAAUCAGAGCUUAACAAGCUAGAUUUUUUUACACAAGUUGUCCACCAGUUCUCUUCAUGCCUGCCCAGACCCAAGUUUUAGUUGCCUGACAACAACUCCUCUAGUUAACCUCUACUUAAAAACAUGGUAGUUUAUCCACAUGCAUGAUAUAUUAGCUAACUCAUUAGGGUAAUAAGUGUUCCAGUUCUUGUCUUAAGGCUUUUCACUUUUUCUGGGCGAGCUCUGGACACCCAUGUUCCUGACUCGACUCCUCACAGAGGGCCCAACCAUUAGAGAACCUUGUAAGGGUUUUUGACUAGAAGGUGGGCACACCUAAAACAACCAAAUUCAGUCAUUAGGAAGGGUUUUCAUGUACUUUUAGUGUACCAUAUAGUGUAUGUCUUACAAAGUUAUGGAGCUUUGGAUGUAAGCUCUGAUGGUUGAAAAAAGUACCAGAUAGCAGGUCUGUUAAAUAUCAUGAUGUGAGAAAUGUUUUACAAAAUCUUUAUAAAGUCAGACUGUUAAGAGGUUCAGUAGGUCAAUUUAAUAGUUCCUACUUUCAUCUGGAAAAUAUCUGUAAAAUAAAAUAAAACAAAUUUGUCAAGCUAAUAUAAAUAAAGCAAGUUGAGAAAAGGUUUUCACUCGAUCUUUACUGGCUACAAAUAAAACCAGAGCGUACUGUUUUGCUGAAUAGCUAGCAUGUUAAGGGGAAUGUUUGGGUGGGGGACGAUGACCUGCUGCUGUAAUUCACCUGGUCACUACCAAAUACUUAAUUUAACUUAACUUCAUGCACAUUUCCAGCAGACUGUACUGUUCAGAAUGUUGUACAGCAGCACACGUGACAGGACAGGAAGCUGAAAGAAAGGAUGCAAACACCAGUUCAUGAAGAGACGGAGAAGCAUGAAUUAAAAAGUCGUAUUUGUAAAACCUUGUAAAACCGUUCAUUAGAAGAUUCAGGCUGUUUAAAGUCUGAGACCGUUUUCCACGUGAGGUAGAUUAAUAACCUUCUCUUGCUAAUAUCUUCACUAGAUGUAAAAUUUUGUUGGAGAUGAUGACCGACCUCUUAAGUCUACAGAGGCGAGGUUUGAAUCCCGGUCUCCAGGACCCUGCUGCUGUGGCUCUCCAACACUACCCGAGAGUCACCUGACUGUAAUCUUGCUUGUAAAGUUUUUCUGAUGGUAUGAAAAGAGUCAAAUGUUGUUUAGUAUUUAAGAGUGUCAGGGAGCAACUGUUGAAUUUUACAUUUUGGUUUCUAGCAUAAUUGAGCUGACGAACAGGAACAAACAGGUUGUUGUUUUGGAGAAAGAAGCCAUGUUGUGAUUUCAUGUAAAAUUAUUUAUUUCACAAAUAGGCCACUUGUGUUUUGUUUAGAUUUUGAAAGAAACCACUUCUGUCUGUUUAAAGGCCUAGUAGCAUAAGUGGUCAGUUUAGCCUUUGGUAAGUAGCACAAUGUUAGCAUAGAAAAUAAGAAUAGUUUUUGAUAUAAUUCAGUAGUUUUCUGAGAUGUACAUGAGCGUCAGAAGGAAAGCUGUUAUACAUUAAUCUAAACGUUGAUUUUCUUUUUUUAAUUAAAAUUUUAAUUAAAAAAUAAGGGUUUUACCUAACAGUGAUAAAUACUCCAGGCUUUUCACACCAGAUGUUUAAAUAAAUUUGAAUUUAUGAAAAUGCAUUCUGUCUUUAUCAGCUGCUUCAUUGAGUCUUAGCGGGUCCAGUUUUACUGAGCAACACUGAGCAAAGCUGGAAUACAGGGCUUCAAUCCAUCGCAGGGCUUCAGCCACCCCCUUCCACAGUCAAAUCUGUGUCUCUAGACGUCUGCCAGUUUAAACCCCCACAACUGCCAAGUUGCCCCUGUUGGGCCUUUGAGCAAGGCCCUUAACCAUCAAUUGCUUGAACUGUAUUCAGUCACAAUUUUAAGAUGCUUUGAAUAAAGUAAUGGAGCUUUGGAUGUAAGCUCUGAUGGUUGAAAAAAGUAGUUUUUUCUAAAUAUUAAGCCAUUAUUUAGUCCAUCGAGAACAUAAAUAUUGAAUCAUUCUGUUCAAGACUGUAUAUACAUCUGUUCAAAAGACUCAUUAAUGUAGUCUGGCAUCCAUGAACAUGUUGGGUCUCGUUUACACACGACUGUUUUUAAUGCUAUGCUGCAGCUGUUCUGCUUCUGUAUUAAACCAUAAAUCUUAAACGAUGCUAAUUA